AUGCUCAAAAGAUCCGAAUUCGAUUACAUUAAUUUUGAUCCAAAUCCAUCGGAUACAUGUAUGGAAACGCGCCCAUUCAUACCAAGUAUUAUUCAAAAUUCCAUAAUUUCUAAUGAACAAUAUACUGAAGAAAGUGAUGAAGGACAUCUGUUUAAAGGGUGUAGUGAAGAUGACGAAGCAACUUUAUAUCUCUAUCAACAUGAUGAAGAUUUCUCUCUCUCGUGUCAAAGAUCCCCUCCUUCAAUGCUUUUGAUGCAAAGAUCCCCUCCUUCAACGCUUUUGGUGCAAAGAUCCCCCACUUCAAUGCUUUUGGUGCAAAGAUCCAAAAAGCGCUCUUGUAAUGAUCCCUCUAUAAUAUUAUCAUCAUGUUGUGAAUCUAACGAAUUUACUCGUGAAUCAUUUUGUGGAAAUCAAUUGGUCAAAGAAUUCAUUAAAAAAUUGGAUGAAAUUAAUUGUUGUGAUAAACAUGAGGCCGAAUUUGUAUCAAUUUGUUAA